GCUGCUCCAGUGCACACAGAGGGUUACAUGUUGUAGGGUCAGCCUGUUGUUGAGGAGCAGGUGGCACAGGAGGGGCACAGCCAGAACUGUAUUUGGAGGCUAUUGGAACCUCCCCAGAAUUUGUGAGCCAGCACUCAAUGUUUGGGGUCCAGGAGACUUUUGGAACUGCCUUGAGAGACAAAGCGCUGGGAGUUGGAAUGGAUCCAGUCCGGUCCUGGGUCAGGAAUGUUGGAGUAGUGGAUGCCAAGGUGGCAGCUCAGAGUGGGGUGGCAGUAUCCCGGGCUCACUUUGAGAAGCAGCCUCCAUCCAACCUGCGGAAAUCCAACUUCUUCCAUUUCGUGCUGGCCCUGUAUGACCGCCAGGGGCAACCAAUAGAGAUUGAGCGCACGUCCUUUGUGGACUUUGUGGAGAAUGAAAAGGAGUUCAGCACAGAGAAGACCAAUAAUGGGACACACUACAAACUGCAGCUCCUGUACAGCAAUGGUGUUCGGACUGAACAAGAUCUCUACGUGAGGCUCAUCGACUCUGUGACAAAGCAGCCAAUAAGUUAUGAAGGUCAGAACAAGAACCCGGAGAUGUGCAGGGUGCUGCUUACACACGAGGUCAUGUGCAGUCGCUGUUGUGAAAAGAAGAGCUGCGGAAAUCGGAACGAGACCCCGUCAGAUCCAGUCAUCAUUGACAGAUUCUUCCUUAAGUUCUUUCUGAAAUGUAACCAAAACUGCCUGAAGACUGCAGGGAAUCCUAGGGAUAUGAGACGGUUCCAGGUCGUCCUCUCCACCACCGUGAAUGUAGAUGGACAUGUACUAGCCGUGUCUGAUAACAUGUUCGUCCACAACAACUCCAAGCACGGGAGAAGGGCGAGGCGGCUGGACCCCAGCGAAGGUACGGACCCUAGUCUGGAGUACGCUACACCAUGCAUCAAAGCCAUCAGUCCCAGUGAAGGCUGGACAACAGGAGGGGCUAUGGUGAUAAUCAUUGGGGACAAUUUCUUUGAUGGCCUACAAGUGGUGUUUGGGACAAUGCUGGUAUGGAGUGAGCUUAUCACCCCCCACGCCAUCCGGGUGCAGACACCUCCAAGGCACAUUCCCGGAGUUGUGGAGGUGACACUGUCUUACAAAUCCAAACAGUUCUGCAAAGGAGCCCCAGGGAGGUUUAUUUACACAGCUUUAAAUGAGCCUACAAUUGAUUAUGGAUUCCAGAGACUGCAAAAAGUAAUUCCUAGACACCCUGGAGACCCAGAAAGGAUGGCAAAGGAAAUGUUAUUGAAACGGGCAGCAGAUCUGGUGGAGGCGCUAUACGGAACCCCGCACAAUAAUCAGGACAUUAUUCUGAAGAGGGCAGCCGACAUUGCGGAGGCUCUGUACAGUGUUCCUCGGAACCACAACCAAAUUCCUGCACUUUCCAGCUCACCCGUGCACAGUGGGAUGAUGGGAAUUAACUCAUAUGGGGGACAGCUUGGUGUGAGCAUAUCAGAGUCACAGGCUAAUAAUCAGGGUUACAUCCGGAACACAAGCAGUAUCUCCCCACGAGGAUAUUCCAGCAGUUCCACCCCACAGCAGUCUAAUUACAGCACCCCCAGCAACAGCAUGAAUGGCUACAGCAACGUCCCCAUGUCCAAUCUUGGAGUGCCUGGAUCCCCGGGAUUCAUCAAUGGCUCCCCCACCACCUCCCCCUAUGGCAUUAUGCCCUCCAGCCCGCCUGUGGGAUCAUCCGGAAGCUCAUCUAUUCUGCCUUUUUCCUCCUCCGUCUUCCCGUCCAUUAAACAGAAGAGUGCCUUUGCCCCUGUCAUACGACCGCAGGGCUCCCCGUCUCCAGCCUGCUCCAGCUCCAACUCCAAUGGUUUCCGAGCUAUGACAGGCUUGGUGGUGCCUCCCAUGUGAAAGAGCGAUGGACUUUUUUUUCACUGAGGUGCAAGAUAAAACUUCAAGUUGUGGCUAAAAUUGGACCUGCCGGUGAGGAGACUUUUCUUUUGCUCCUGUCCUUGAAAUGCCGCCAGUCCUCAGCGAGGAGAAGACAACAUGGCAUGGAAUUCCAGAAUUAGGAGCAGACAAACGGAAACGGAAAACCUGUACAGAGCUGACAGUUCAGCUGACGAUUCCAUGGAAUAUUUUGGAUAUUUUCUUUCCUUUGUAGGAAAAAAAAAACAGUUUCUAUUUUCAGCCAAACUUUUCUGAUACCGACUUUUACGUUUGUCCAACGAGAAGAAAAAAAAAAAAAAAAAGUUUUUCAAUGGAAGCGAAACAGGGUACUGGCAAAGGGAGACUCUUUUAUCCGAAAGCAUAAUCUUCUUCCUUCGCUGUGACGUGUCGACCUAAACACUUACAUUUUCUAAUGUUUUAAUUUGUUUUACAUUAUUUAAAUGAAUAUACUUGUAACUUAUUGUAUUUAGAGGUAGGAACAAAUCGACUAAAUAAAGAGAAAGAGAUGGG